CUUUUCCUUCACUGCAACUGAACAAGGAAAUGCUGUCUAUUUGAACUGAAGAAGGCCUCAGGCUCGAAAAGGACAUUCCCAGAACAAAUGACCAUAUCUUCACUUCUAAAAAGGGGAUGGUGAAGAUAUCACUUGGAGCUGUGUAGCUCUGCUCCUUGCCCUGACAUCUCUGUCGGCUGUACAGAAAGAGCUCGAUUCAAUCAGUGAUUUGAAGAAAAUCAACUUUGACCAAUCUGUGCCCAAGCACAGUCUUCUGCUGCUCCACUGGUUUGCCAACACAGUUACCAUCGAUGAGGAUGAUGUCAUAGAGCUGACCUUUGACCCAGACAGUGGAGAUUAUGGCUCACAUCAUUAUGGCAACUUUGAGGGGCUGCUGGACCCACUGCCUCGGGGAAAUCAAUACAGGUACUACACUAUUGGAAAUCUACAUCAGGAAAUGUCCAUUCCACUUCCUCCUUAUGUUGUCGACCCCCCAGGAGAGUAUGUGGGAAGAAACAUGGACAGGAUCGUUAUUAGUGUCAGGGAGCCAAACUCAGGACGGCAACUUUGGCCAAUAAUAGACCAAGUGUAUAUCACACAGCAUAUUCCACAUCAGGGGGAAUAUGAUCCAGAUCAUACCUACAGCAUCACCACUAACCUCCUGAGAGAGAUCAGAGAGUUUUCUGUGGGAGAAAAUCAUCAGCCACUGAUGCCUCUCAGAAACCGCUUUGGAAGCAACGCUGAUCAUUUGGACAUUGUAAACACAUGGGGUGAACUUGCAUGCCUUGGACUGCUGUUGUAUAUUGUGAUCCAGGAAAAGCACUCCUCUAAGCAACAGAACAACCGAUCAAAAAUCUACAACAAACCAGAAGACAACAUCAGAGCUGAAAGCAACCAUACACCACAAAUCAAACCUACACCACAAAAACGCGUAAAACAAAUUGCCUAUACAUCACAAAUAAUCCCUACACCACAAAGCAUCCUUACACCACAAAUAAUCCCUACACCACAAAGCAUCCAUAGACCACAAAUAAUCCAUACACCACAGAGCAUCCAUACACCACAAAGCAUCCAUACACCACAAAGCAUCCAUACACCACAAAGCAUCCAUACACCACAAAAGUGCCUAAAGCAAAAGGACCCUAAACCACAAAACAACGAUACACCAGAGAACAAACCCAUCCCACAAAAUGUCUACAUUUUAGGAAACAGACAAAAUAAUAAGGCUGAUGACGACGCUUUUGUAAUCUGCAUUAUGUUUGUAUUUUUUGUAUACUUGUUAUUUAAACAUGCAUUUUAUUUUUUUAUUUUUCAUUUCAAUAUUUUUUUAUUUUUCAGAAGUUACAGGGUGAGACAAUACCAACACAUUAACGGCAAAACAUGUAAUAAAACCAAAACAGACGAGGAGAAAAAACUAAUAAAUUGGGAAUUUAGAUUACAAUUAAUUAGCGAGAGUAAAAAAUGCAUUAUCUAAAACAAGCAAUGAUUUUAAAAACCCUUCAGUAAAAGGGUUGUUUUGUUAUUUGCUUUGCCUCAAAAUAUUUGAUUUGGUGGUCUCUCUUUGUAAAACAUGUAUACAGUAGUUAAGAAUGAGAUAAUGGGUUGGUAUGACAUGCUUUUGAUGAAAGGCUAAAUCUUUAUCUUUAUUCAUGGAACAAUGUCAUGCUCCAGCAUGUAUUCAAAAAGGCACAGGUGAGCCUAUUCAGCUGUCAACCCUCCCAUACCAACAAUCACUAACCCUGAACAGUGAAAGGCAGGAGUGUAUUUUAAUUGAGAGAUUUUUCUGUAAUGUUUGAA